GGUCGGUAUUGUGGGUCAAGAUGGGGAUAUGGUCGGUCAACGAGCCGAGCGGGACGAGGUCGAGAUCAGCGUAGACUCCUCCAAAGUGGUACAUGUACAUGUUCCGGACCUAGAGAAAAGAGAAGACGGGAUUAGUGAAUGGGAGGAAGAUUCCGACAGGGUCGGAUGGCAACAGGGACUUGCCAUGUCUGCACGAUAG